AUGCUUAGAAAAGUUAAGUCAAUAUCAGGUCAAGUUCAUCAAACCAAAAAAAGAAAAUUAGUUAUGAGAUUUGCCAGGAGAAUUUUACACCUUAAAAAAGAUACUUCAUCAAUGCAAUUACAGGUACUGGAGCCUCCAGCAGAAUAUUUAGAAGAAGAUAUUACAAGUAAAUAUGAUCAAGGACUUCCUCCUGAUGCACUGUAUUUAUUACAGAGUUUAAGAGUUUUUGGACAUUUUGAAAAACCUGUUUUUCUUAUGUUAUGCAAACAUACCGAGAUUUUAACAGUACCCGCUGGUGCAUUUCUUUUUAAAAUUGGUGAUCCCGAUGAAAAUGUUUACGUUGUUCAAAGUGGAUGUUUAAAUGUAUUUAUAACAGAGCACAAUGGAACCAUGAUCUCACUUAAAUAUGUUAAAGCUGGAGAAUCAGUUACCUCUUUACUUAGUUUUACAGAUGUCCUUACAGGGAGUCCAAGUGUAUAUAAAACAGUAUCUGCUAGAGCAAUGGAAGAUACAACAAUUGUUCGUUUGCCGAUACAAGCUUUUAAUGAAGUUUUUCAUGAUUAUCCAGAUAUAUUUAUUAGAGUAGUUCAAGUUAUAAUGGUUCGACUUCAAAGAGUCACAUUUACUGCUUUACACCAAUAUUUAGGUCUUUCGGCAGAACUUGUCAGAUCGAAUACCCAUUUUGUUAAUAAUUAUCAAACAAUUAACACGAGUCAAAAAAGUCAAAGAUCCUCUCUUGGGGAAGAAAACAAUGAAGUUACCAAAAUUCGUAAUGUCCCUUUUUCUGGUCCGCUUGAUUUUAAAAUUAUAAAUCAAAAAUUUGUUCCUUUUUCAGAAAUAUUCCUGCGGCAAAAUGCCAAAAUUUUUGCAACUAAUGCUGGAAAUCAAAACGCUCCUAUUGAAUCGGAAAUACAAAUGACUGGUCACAGAAGAUCAAUGUCAGGAAAAGUGAAUUCCCUAGCUGAAGACUACGACUCUUUAAUGCAAUUGGCAAAAGCUGCGUUUGUUAGAGAAUUAAAUCUCGAGAAUGAAUCAAUAUUAGACGGGAAAAUUGAAAUCAAAGAUGUUCCCACGGGAACAUAUUUGAUGCGACAAGAUUCUCAUAAGGAUGUUGCAUUAAUUUACUUACUAUCUGGUGCACUAGUACUAUCACAAAAGAUGACAGAUGAUCAACAUGAAGUUCACAUGUUUACCGCUCAUCCUGGAGAAGUUAUUGGGGGUUUAGCAGUUUUAACUGGAGAACCUAGUUUUUUUACAAUGAAAGCUAAACAUUUUUCAAAAAUAGCCAUGCUUUCCAAAAGUACUUUUUAUGAGAUAGUUUACUUACAUAAGACUGUUUACAUUUUAUUGUUCAAUAAUGAAAGUGUAUCCCAAAGUAGUUUUAUAUGUAGCCCAUACCGUAAAUUAGUCGGGGAAUAUGGUAAGGGUGAUUUAGUUGGCAUAGUCGAAAUGGUCACGCAGACACCAAGAAGUACAACAGUUAUGGCUGUUAGGGAUUCGGAAUUAGCAAAAUUACCAGAAGGACUUUUCAACGCUAUAAAAUUAAGAUUUCCUAUAGUCGUAACAAGAUUAAUUAAUUUAUUAGGUCAUAGGUUAUUGGGUACUAAGGGGCAUCCUGGAGUUGGAUUGAAUCCGGGUGCUGGAGCUCGACCAUCUCAAGUAAAUUUUUCAACUGUAGCUAUAGUUCCUAUAUCUGAUGAUGUGCCUUUAACAGCUUUUGGAUUUGAAUUAUAUCACGCGCUUUGCGCCAUUGGUUUAACGCUACGACUGACGUCAGAUUUAAUUAAAAAAACUUUAGGUGCCACAAUAAUGGAUCCUAAUAACGAGUAUCGUUUAACGUCUUGGUUAGCACAACAAGAAGAUCAACAUAAAAUUGCACUCUAUCAAUGCGAUGCCUCACUUACUCCGUGGACUCAGCGUUGCGUUCGUCAAGCAGAUUGCAUAUUAAUAAUUGGUCUAGCUGAAAAAGGACCGGAUUUAGGAAAGAUGGAGAAAGAAGUUGAAAGAUUAGCCGUAAGAACACAAAAAGAAUUGGUACUUCUUCAUCGGGAAAGUACCGAAAGGCCAAGCAAUACGGUGCUGUGGCUCAAUGCCAGAACUUGGGUAUCUUCUCAUCACCACAUUAAAUGCAAUAAACGAAUGUUUUCAAGAAGAUCUCAAUAUAGAAUAAAUGAAUUAUAUAAAAAAGUUCUCAUGUCAGAACCAAAUAUCCAUUCCGAUUUUUCAAGAUUAGCCAGAUGGUUAACUGGGACUUCUGUUGGUUUGGUGUUGGGAGGAGGCGGAGCUGGAAUUCCCAUUGAUAUGGUCGGGGGUGUUAGUAUCGGAUCAUUUGUCGGUGGCCUUUGGGCCAUGGAGAAAACAUUACGACGUGACUCAAAAGCGAGGGAAUGGUCUAAAAAAAUGACUCAGUGGUAUAGACAAAUUUUAGACCUAACUUACCCGGUAGUUUCAAUAUUUACAGGAAAAGAUUUUAAUCACACUAUAUACAGUACUUUCGGUGAUAUAAACAUUGAAGAUUUAUGGAUUCCUUAUUUUAAUGUCACGACCGAUAUUUCUGCGAGUGCAAGUCGAGUACAUAAACACGGUUUUCUAUGGAAAUACAUACGAGCGAGCAUGUCAAUCAGCGGAGUCCUUCCACCUAUCUGUGAUCCAGUAGACGGGCAUCUGCUUUGCGAUGGGUGUUAUGUCAAUAACGUGCCAGCUGAUGUUAUGAGAAACGAAGGAGCUCGUCAUAUUCUUGCCAUCGAUGUGGGUGCUCACGAUGAUCAAGAUUUAACCAAUUACGGAGAUUCUUUAUCCGGUUUUUGGCUUUUGUAUAAAAAAUGGAAUCCUUUUACCAAACCUGUUAAAGUACCUGAUUUAUCGGACAUACAAUCGAGGUUGUCGUACGUUUGUUGCGUACGACAAUUGGAAGAAGUUAAAAAUAGCGACUAUUGCGAAUAUCUAAGGCCACCGAUAGACAAAUACAAAACAUUACAAUUUGCUCUCUUCGAUGAAAUAAAGGAAGUUGGUUACACUUACGGUAAAACUUAUUUUGCGAGAUUAUUAAAAGCGGGUGUGUUACCACUUUUCAAAACUGAUAUCGUUGCUACGAGGCGGCCAUUUGCAAGUCAUCCAACUUAUACAUUUACCGAUUUAGCUCAAAUGGUUUGCAAAGUACCGAGAAAACACGUUACUGCUGACAUGUCAUCAAGCACGUCUGAAACUGAAGAUGAUGAUGAUGACGAUGACGAUAUAAACGUUGGUUACGCGUCUGAACCUUCAGCCUUUAUACUUUCCAAAAAUUCAACAGCAAACGUACCGCGAAGAGGUCAAUCAUUAUCUGAAAAUGAACUUGAUUCCGAAACUAAUUUUUUAACCGACGAAGCAUCGGAUGCAAGGUAG